AUUACUUUUAAAGCAGUCCAGAAACCCAUGGCAUUAGGCUGAGUAAAAAAUCCUGCUAUAUCUGUCAAUCGUGAUCUCUAUCAUGAGCAGUGUAGUCCAGAAUCCAUAUAUCGGCCGAACACCAACGUCUCGGAUACCCAAACCUGGAACCAGUGGAGGGGUGCCACCUGGGGGUCGAGACAGUAGUGGAAUUUAUCGAAGUGGUAGCAUCAGCAGUGGAAGUGGAGUGUCUGGCAAGAUGCUGUCCCUGUCAUCCAUGAGUGAAAGUGUGCACAGUGGCCUGAGUUGUUUGUUGUCAGAGCAAGCGCUGGAGCAGGAAGAAAGGCAGCAGCGCAGUCGGCAUUUAGCAGAAUAUCAGCGCCUGAGAGAGGUUCGUGCAGCUGCUCAGCUCAAAAAUCUUGAGGACUUCCUUAGGAUGAACCACGUUUCACUUAGGGAUAGUAUGUCUUACACCACAGGCAUGAUUUACAGAAAUCUGGGGAAAUCUGGACUGAGGGUAUCUUGCCUUGGUUUGGGAACUUGGGUUACCUUUGGAGGCCAGAUCACAGAUGAGGUGGCAGAAGAACUUAUGACUUUGGCGUAUGAGAAUGGAAUCAAUUUGUUUGACACAGCUGAGGUGUAUAAUUCUGGAAAAGCUGAAAUCGUCUUGGGAAAUAUCAUACAAAAGAAAGGAUGGAGGCGCUCCAGUUUAGUCAUCACCACCAAAAUCUUCUGGGGUGGAAAAGCAGAAAUGGAGAGAGGAUUAUCUAGAAAACAUAUAAUUGAAGGUCUGAGAGCAUCACUCAACAGACUUCAGCUGGAGUAUGUCGAUGUCAUUUUUGCGAAUCGGCCAGAUCCUAAUACACCCAUAGAAGAGACGGUAAGGGCAAUGACGUAUGUGAUCAACCAGGGGAUGGCCAUGUACUGGGGUACAUCACGAUGGACCUCCAUGGAGAUUAUGGAAGCAUACUCUGUGGCACGACAGUUCAACCAGAUCCCUCCCAUUUGUGAACAGGCAGAGUACCACAUGUUCCAAAGAGAAAAGGUUGAAGUCCACCUUCCUGAACUCUUCCACAAGAUAGGCAUUGGAGCAAUGGCAUGGUCUCCACUGGCCUGUGGAAUCAUCUCAGGGAAAUAUAACAAUGGAAUACCCCCUUAUUCACGUGCGUCACUUAAGGGUUAUCAGUGGCUAAAAGACAAGAUCCUAAAUGAGGAGGGGCACAGACAACAGGCAAAGCUAAAGGAGUUGCAGGCAGUUGCUGAAAGAAUAGACUGCACUCUUCCCCAACUGGCUAUUGCUUGGUGCCUUAGAAAUGAAGGGGUGAAUUCUGUCUUGCUGGGAGCUUCCAGAACUGACCAAUUGCUGGAGAAUAUCAGAGCAAUACAGGUUCUUCCAAAGCUGUCCCUCUCCAUUGUGUCUGAGGUGGAUUGCAUCUUAGGAAACAAGCCCUGUAAUAAGAAGGACAUAAGAUCUUAGAGGUGUCUGGCAUAAACUGUCAAGUUAUACCUGCCUCUUGUAAAAGCUGGCUAUUAAUGAAAGUUCACCACACACAUGGGCAACUGAAUACAAAGUAGUAAAUAAAAAAUUUCCAAAAGACAUAACCAUAGAAAAUGUUUUGCCAUCUUCAAUAUUUGCACUUUAUGCCACUUAAUAAAAUGAAUUUCAGUAGUAUGUAAUGCUUAUUGAAACAGCUCCACUCCCUUGAGCAAAGCCACUACUACGCUAAAAUAAAUUAAUAAAUAAAAUUUAAAUAUUAAUGUCCAACUUAAUUCAUACUAAAUGAAUCUUAUCUCAGCAUGUCAAAUGUUUAACUUGCAUAGUCGUUGCGUUGUAUUUAUGUGAAAAACACAUUCCCUGAAAACUGAGCACAAAAAUUAUGGGGCAAGGCAUUUUCAGUGUAA